AUGGAUGAUGCGGUCCGCUACCACGAAGGUGGAGACAUCUUCCCGGAAGACAUCGAGAACCACAUGGCAGUGUUGGCGGAAGUCGAGACCACCACGAGAGAAGUCACGAUAAACGAUAUACGGGUGGAGGAUCCAGAUGCGCCGCAGGAAGAUUGCGAACGAGUAGCCCCACAGUUCCGUGAGAAGUUAUCCAUCCUCUUCAAGGGACUGUUGUCGGCAACGAUCUUCCCUUCAUCAACAUCACCCUGGGCGUCACCAAUAGUGGUCACUAUCAAGGCAAUCGGCGUGGAUAUCCGCCUCUGCAUCGAUUACCAAGAGGUAAACAGCUUGACGAGGUUGAUGGUGUACCCGAUGCCGUUGAUCAAUGAUCUCCUCGAAGGCUUUGAGAAGGUGCUUUGGUACUACUCCCUCGAUAUGGCGUGUGGAUUCUGGGCCAUGUUCAUGACGCCGCGGGCGAGACUGAUCUCAGCAUUCAUCGCCAUUCGGUUUAUUCGAGUGGACAAGGAUGCCGUUCGGCGCAAAGUGACCUACCUGAACCACCAAGUGUCGAUAGACGGGUUAGAGGCGAAGCCGAAAGGCCUCGAAGCCUUCUCGAAUCUCCCGUUCCCCACCAAGCUGAAGUCAAUGCAGUCGCUCCUCGGAAGCCUGAAUUAUUACAGCCGCUUCACCGAGGACUUUGCUGAACACGGCGGCGUGUAUUGGUCAGUGACCUUCACCAAUCGGACGCUGAAGGCCAACGAGUUGAACUAUGGCAUCGUAGAUAAGGAGAUCCUGGCUCUUCUUCGCAUAUUAGACGUCUGCUACUCGCAGCUGGUCACCAGAUCGAUCAAGGUGCUAUCGCGUUUCUCCACGCUAGCCUGGCUCCUGAAGUCGAAUGGGCUAGACGGGCAUUUGGGCAGGGGGCGAGUCGUGAUCUGCGGUGACCCUAACUUUGAGAUCCGCCAGAUGAGAGGCGAGAUCGACAGCAAGGCGCCAGGCCUGCAACUGUUACACCAUAAGUCGUUGAACCAACUGCGAUCUUGGCCGAAGAACGAAUUCCUCCACGUAACACAAGAUUGUAACCAAAGUGACGACAAGAUCGCUAGUGCUGCAUUGCAGCGGGAAGAAGGCGAGAUCAUGACAGCAGAAAAAGAACGGCAGGACCUGAUCACGCUGAACAGAUUGCACGAAAUACUGCAACCAAGUCAGUGGAUCAAACAGGCACAAGACGACGAGAAGUGGAUCGUAGACCUAAAGACGUACCUGAACGGCGACCUGAGCGAUCUGCUGAAGGAGGAAGCGAAGACGUGCUCGAAGAUCGCUACGAUGUAUGAAGACUGGGACGACUACGCCGAACGCCUGACGUUCGCUCUCAACACGGCGCAAGAUCGACGACGCUCCCGGUCGGAUCCACAAGGCGGAAAGACGGCGACGCCGGCCGGUGGAGAUAUCGUCUGCAAUCGCAAUAUCAACGGGCGAGAGAAGCGGCCCCACAAGAUCGAGCAAGGAUCGCAAGUAUGUCUCUACCUGGACCGGGUGAAGGAAGGGUUCGUGAGGAAACUGGCCCACAUGUGGUACGGCCCUUUUCGUGUGACCGAGCUCAUCGGUGAUCAUGUAGCACGUGUGGAGACUAGUGGAACAGAAUAUCGCAUCUUCCCUGUGGUACACCAGUCGAAGUUGAAGCUGGUGAAAGCGUUCCCCCACCGUCCCACUUGCACCCUGCUGGUCGACUAA